GCCAUAAUGAUAUUGUAAUGCAUCUUCCAAAAAUAUACCGGAGUAGUGUUAUGUAAUAUGUGACGUCCAUUGAAUCCAGGUAAAUCACAAGCGCGCGCGCGCACGCACACACACAUACUCAGCGCCCUACAUAGGCGACAGUAAGACCCAGUGGAAGCCGCGCGCCUCGUUCAGAGAGCGACAUGACAACCGCGAUCAACUGACGCUACACAUUCACGGCCACUCAGCGUACAUCACCAACAAACAUUACAGAUCGGCGCUCCGCUGAUAGUGAACUGAAGCGCAGGGGAUGCUGAAAGUGACGAUGCCCGCCUCUAGAGCCGCUCCUGAAUACUGGAUCGAUGGAUCCAAGAAAGAGACGCUGGCGGACUUCUAUGAGCUGGAGUCUGAAUUGGGACGGGGAGCUACAUCAGUGGUGUUCCGAUGCCAUCAGAAAGGCACCCAGAAGCACUAUGCUGUGAAAAUGCUGAAAAAAACAGUUGACAAGAAGAUUGUACGAACGGAGAUAGGUGUAUUACUGCGCCUCUCUCAUCCAAAUAUAAUCAAACUGAAGGAGAUCUUUGAGACCCCUGCGGAGAUUAGUCUCGUGUUAGAACUUGUUACUGGUGGAGAAUUAUUUGACAGGGUGGUGGAGAAGGGCUACUACAGCGAACGAGAUGCUGCUGACGCGGUUAAACAAGUGCUCGAGGCAGUCGCGUACCUGCAUGAGAAUGGUGUAGUGCACAGAGACCUGAAACCUGAGAACUUGCUGUACGCCACAUCAGCGCCAGAUGCUCCGCUCAAAAUAGCGGAUUUUGGUUUGUCGAAAAUUGUAGAUGAUCAGGUAACAAUGAAGACUGUGUGUGGGACUCCAGGCUAUUGUGCUCCUGAGAUUUUACGGGGAUGUGCCUAUGGCCCUGAGGUUGACAUGUGGUCUGUGGGAGUUAUCACGUACAUUUUGUUAUGUGGUUUUGAACCCUUUUUUGAUGACAGAGGAGACCAGUACAUGUUUAAACGCAUCUUGAACUGUGAAUAUGAGUUUGUCUCCCCCUGGUGGGACAAUGUGUCUCUUAAUGCCAAGGACCUUGUGAAAAAACUGAUUGUCCAGGAUCCAAAGAAACGGCUGACGACACAGCAGGCGCUGCAGCACCCCUGGGUGACUGGAAAGGCUGUUAACUUCACCCAUAUGGACACUGCUCAGAAGAAACUCCUGGAGUUCAAUGCUCGAAGAAAACUCAAGGCAGCGGUCAAAGCGGUGGUAGCUUCAUCUCGAUUGGGCAGCGCAGGAAGCCAUGGCAACCCAGACAGCAACAAAACUGACUGCAGCCCCUCCUCUGUCAAAGAGAAGACAGCAGAUGAUCAGCCAGACACUGAACAGCCUCAGACUCAGAAUGAAGUCUCUUAGAUCUCCACAGAGCAUGACUGGAACUCAAAAUUCUUCCCUUCAUGAAAGGAACAUGUUGCUUUUUGCAGUGGGCCUUAUAAAGGACAGAAACGAUGGGCUUUGUUUGGUUCUUCUGCAUGCGGACUGUUUGUCUAUAGAAACGUCCCACGUUGUGACUCAGCCAGUUGCUAUACCAUGCCAACAUUUGAUAAGUCUGUAAAUUCUGAUUUUGUACAGUGAAUGAGCAUCACUGGAUGGUAAUGAGAAGAACCAAAUCAUUACAUCUACUGUACAUCAGUUAAUAUUUAUAUCAUCAUGCUUUUGCUGAGAUAAUUGCCAAAUUAUCAUAGUACUUUCAAGGGCAUAUGUUGCUUUUUAGUUGUAUAAAUCACAUUUGUGCUGCAUUUUAUUGAAAUAAUUUUAUUUGUCAAGGUUUUUUACAUGAUAUUGGUCACUGGUAGAGAAAUAUGUGGACAUUGAACUAAACCUUUACAUAAGCUUCAAAUGAAUGCCUUAUACCAUGUUUUUAUAUUUCAUGAGUCAAAGUUAUUUAAUAUUUUAGAAAUACUACUAAAUAAUUUGUUUUAAACUUAGACAACAAGCAUAUUGUGCUUUGUUAAAUAAAGAAAUGGUGAUUUCUUCUUUACUUUUGUCUAAAUCUGUGUUGAGACAGGAUAACAGGCAUAACUAACACAAAAAUUGCAAUGAAAAGCACUCCCUUGUGCCAAAAUGUUGAUUAUUUGAAGUAUGCUCUCACCAUCAAGUCUUGCUUAUUUAGGAAUUUCCCUUUAAAAUAAAUAAAAACUUUCAGGUUUUUAUCUAAAUGACUUACUGGCAAUAGACUUCCUCUCAGAAUUCAGAGCUUUACCAAGUAAUCUGUGAUUUAAAACACACAGAACAGCACGAAGGAGGUUUGAUCCUAUUCAAUAUUCUUUAACGCAUGCUUGUAAUAUAUGGUAUGAGGGAAUGCUGUUUGAUAAUCUGAUAAUCACAUGUAAGGAAUGUAAUGUGGAUAUACAGGGGUUCAUGUUUUGCAUGUAGGAAUGUUUAUCUUAACUGCUGCAAUUGUCUUUUUAAAUGCACUGUAUUUUACAGAUAAAACUUGCUGUCUAAUUAACAGAAUGAUAUUGGAGGCCAUUUGACGGUCACUUUGUACGCGACACUAGUGUGUCAACUUUGUUUAACUGCCUGUUUCUAUGUCUAAGGACUCAAAAAUGCCAAUAAGAUAGCACUGUAUAUUACUUGCAAAAAAUAAAGAAUGCAAAACAAUCUAC